GCGCGGCCCACGCAGAGGAGCGGGAGGCUCCGCCGGUGCGGCGCGGCGCGGCGCGGGCCGGCGGCUGCGGCAGCGACUGAGGGGGAAGAGGCGGCUCCGGAGGCGCGGCCUGAGGCGCUGGGCCCAGGGCUCCCGCUCGCUCCCGGGGGGAGGGGACGGGGCCGACACCGCGCCGAGACCAGGCGACCGUUUUUUUUUCCCCCUCCUGCUUCGGGCGACGUCCUCUGGGCCGGGUCCCCAGCCGCCGGGCGAAAAUGUCCAGGCCUGUCAGGAACAGGAAGGUGGUCGAUUACUCACAGUUUCAGGAAUCGGAUGAUGCUGAUGAAGAUUACGGAAGAGAUUCAGGUCCCCCAUCCAAGAAAAUCCGUUCGUCUCCCCGGGAAGCUAAAAAUAAGAGGCGAUCUGGGAAGAAUUCUCAGGAGGACAGUGAGGAUUCAGAAGAAAAAGAUGUGAAGACGAAGAAAGAUGAUUCACAUUCUCCAGAUGAAGAUUUUGGUAGUGAAGAUGACGACUUAGGAGCAGAUGAUGGCAAAGCUGACAGUGACUAUGAGAGCUCUCAAAAAAGCAAAAAAGGAAAAAAAGCUAAACCAGAAAAGAAUAAGAGAGCUUCCAAAUCCAGGAAGAGGCCAGCAGGUGAAGAAACAAAGGACAGCGAAGAUGAGAAAGAAGACCACAAAAAUGUGCGUCAGCAGCGACAGGCAGCAUCCAAAGCAGCUUCCAAACAACGAGAGAUGCUUAUGGAUGAUGUUGGUAGCGAGGAGGAAGAACAGGAGGAUGAUGAGGCACAGUUCCAGGAAAAAGAUUCAGGAAGCGAUGAAGAUUUUCUCAUGGAAGAUGAUGAUGAUAGUGACUAUGGCAGUUCAAAAAAGAAAAAUAAAAAGGUGUCCAAGAAGUCCAAACCAGAAAGGAAAGAAAAGAAAAUGCCUAAGCCCAGGCUAAAGGCUACAGUGACCCCCAGUCCAGUGAAAGGCAAAGGCAAGGCAGGCCGCCCUACAGCUUCCAAGGCAACAAAAGAGAAGACCCCAUCCCCCAAAGAAGAGGAUGAAGAGCCUGAAAGUCCCCCAGAAAAAAAGAAGUCAGCCAGCCCUCCACCAGAGAAGUCAGGGGAUGAGGGGUCUGAAGAUGAAGCACCCUCUGGUGAAGAUUAAAUGGCAGUUGAGGAAAUCUUUGUUUAAAAAAAAAAAAAAAAGAAAAGAAAAAAAAAAGGAAAAGAAAACAUACUUAGGGAUAGAACACGGUUUUGGCUGUGGCUUGACUCAUGGGCUUUGAAUGCUGUCUUUACUUUCAGCUGUUUAAUACAGUGUAUCCUUUUUUUUAAUAAGAGGAAACCCUUAUACAGUAAUAUUUUGAAGUCACUGUUCUCUGUUGGCCAUUCCGUUCUCCCUCCCCCACCAAAUCUGAAAGCCAUUUAAGACAAAUUAACAGAACAUUUAAAUAUAUAUAUUUUUCAAGGGAUACUGCAGUUGUGAAGCAAUAAGGUUUGAGGCUGAUACAUGGAAACCAUACAUACAAAUCGUUAAGUAGAAUAGAUUUCCCAGUGCUGGUAAGAAUUCUUUAAAACUAUUAUUCCUUAUCUGAAUAUUGUGGGGGGGGGGUGGGGAAAAUGAACCUAUGCUUUAACACAUUUUUGUUGAUACAAGUUUAUCCUCUCAGAAAAAAAGAUGUAGUUAAUAUAAAUUCCAGUUGAGAAGGAAGAAACAUGGGGACCAAACCUGUGUUUCUUUGUUCAUACAGCUUUUUCAUGGAAAGCAUCUAGGAAGCUUGUAGGUGGGCCUCUCUAUUUAGAAAAGACCCUCUAGCUAGGGUGGAAGAUCUUCUUGUCUUUUGAUAGAUUACUGUUCCACUUCAAGCAAAUUACAGGUCAUUCUAUACAAUUUUAGAUGUACAGUCUACCAGCUGCUCAUAUCCAUCAAUUCUAUUUUAUUUCUUUGAAGGUUUGCUAUAGAUGGGCAGAGUAGGGAAGAGAAAUCGAAAACGACUUAAAAUUCUGGUUUCCGUUUAGUAAUGUGGAAAUUUUCUUUAAAGUUAUUUCAAGGAAAAACUUUAAUAGACAAUAUAGAACUAAAUUCUGUAGCUUUUGGGUUGAGGGAUGUCCUUUUAUUGAUGUGAAGCAAAGGAUUCCUGUAAUGCUCUGGUCAGUCUCGGAUCCCAUGAGUCACGCUUAACUGUUUCUCUUCUCUCCCUCCAUCUGUCCUCAGAAAGGCUAUGUAGUCAUACCUCUCAGGCUCUCCAGCUGCAGUGUUGGAUAGUAGACUUCCAUCAGUGGUGAACAUUACCCCAAUACCACUUCCAUUUCUUCCUUCCCAUAGUACGGGAGGCUCUGCUCAUUCUGCUCCCGCAUCAUCAUGUCUGCAUCUUAACUGUUGGUCAUCGUUCUGCUCCCUAAGCCUAAAAAGUGCUGAGUAGGGAACAGUACUAAAUGGCUGAAGCCGGGAGGAAAUGAGGUUUGGAAGAAGUGUAGUAGGGCUAUAGUUUUAUAUUAAAAAAAAAAAAAAAAAAAAAAAAAGAAAAAAAGAAAAAAAGGUAGGAUGUCCUUCUAAAUGCAAGAUACUUGAGACUGUGUGAUGACAUUUUAAUGUGUUUUUAUCAAAGCAGCCAUAUCUUUCUUUUUUUUUUUUUUUUUUUAAUGUAAUUAAAGUACCCAGGCUUUGGUUUUCAAACCUUAAUGCACAGGUUGCUGCCAUGUUUGUUGGUGGAAAUAUUAAAAACUGGACCUGCCACUUUUCUUUCUUUUUUUUCUUAAACCCUUUGUGCUUUCUGUAUGUUGCUCACAGUUAUCUCGUAGCUGACAAGCUUUGCAACUUUUUUUCCCUUGUCACUGAACUACAUAUGUUUUGUAACCAGCCUCUUGAAGGUAACAUAAGGCAGCUAAUUAGUUGGAUUUCUGGUGCGUAUGUUACCAGAUUUUUAAUCCUGUUUGGAUUUUUAAAGAGCUUUUAGAUGUGAUACACUAAUACAACCGGGGAGGACACUUGGCUGAAUAGUGUAGGGAGCCUGAAGAUACUGAGCACAGUAUGGAGCCUAAAACAUGGAAUGGAGUGUUAACAGCAGCCAAGUGAUUGUCUUGUGUGAUUCAUAGCCGUGGAUUUUAUAGAGGCUGGUAAACGACUUUACCUUGGCUUAUACAAAUUUAAGUUCUCUAACAUUCUUUACUAUAAUGAAACUACUGUUGCCGUUACAAUAAAGAUGAUCGGUGUUUCCAUUGUAAA